GAUCCAGCAAAAUGGUUCACAGCUCGUGUCGACUUUUGCUGUUGGCGAUAGCCAUCGCUACUUUUGUAGGUGACUCCCGGGGUGCAAAUAUUCUGGGUCUCUUUCCGAGCCUGAGUCCCUCACACUUGAUCAUCCAAAUGUCGGCGGCCAAGGCUCUGGCCGAGAAGGGACACAAUGUGACUGUGGUCACAGUACUAAAACCAGUGGUGACCCACAAAAACAUAAACCUGAUCCUGGUGCCGCUCACCAAGGAGGAGGCGCAGCAGAUGAGCGACACAAUCGGAGUAAUGUCCAAGAGCGAUAACAGUAACAUGAUCCUGUCCCUCAUCCGCAUGUCGGGCCAAAUGGACUUCAUGUUCAAUAAAAUGGCAGAGGCCCUUAAGGACGAUCGAGUGCGGGAUCUGUACCUGAAUAGGGACAACAAAUUCGACCUGGUUCUCUCUGGAUACUUUAUGAACGAUUUCCAGCUUGGAUUCGCAAGAAAGGUAAAUGCUCCCGUCAUCGUCGUGGCCACAAUGCCGCCCAACCAAUUGUUGAACCCCCUGAUCGGAAAUCCCAUGGAGGUGGCCUACGUUCCCACGGCCAUGACUUUUUGGCAACGUUUGACAGGUUACACAAAAAGCCUCUUCUUUGGCGUUUUCACAUUCCUUACCGACAAACGUAAUCGGAAUUUGUACAAGGACGUUUUUGGAGACGACCCCACCAUGCCAGAGCUCUCGGAAAUGAUUAAAAACACGUCGAUGAUAUUCUUCGCUUCCCAUGCGGCCAGCGAAGGACCUAUUCGACCCAAUGUCCCAGCUGCAAUUGAGAUAGGAGGCAUUCAAAUAAAGGACACGCCGGAUCCGCUGCCCCAAAACAUGGCUUAUUUCUUGGGCAAUGCCACAGAUGGGGCCAUCCUCCUGUCCUUGGGUUCCAAUGUUCAGGGCACCCAUCUUAAGCCGGAAACGGUUGUCAAGAUGUUCAACGUCCUUUCCAAACUGAAGCAGAGGGUCAUCUGGAAGUGGGAGGAUCUGGAGAAGACCCCUGGAAAGUCGGACAACAUUCUCUAUUCGAAGUGGCUGCCGCAGGACGACAUCCUGGCCCAUCCGAACAUCAAGCUUUUCAUUAACCACGCCGGCAAGGGUGGGAUAACCGAGGCUCAGUAUCACGGAAAGCCCAUGCUCUCACUGCCUGUGUUUGGAGAUCAACCGGGAAACGCAGACGGUAUGGUGCAAAAGGGUUUCGGCCUGACGUUGAGCCUGCUCACAUUGGAGGAACAGCCCUUCCGCGAGGCAAUUCUGGAAAUAUUUUCGAAUCCUGAGUACUCCCAAAAGGUUGCCUCUUUCUCAUCUCUGUACCGCGAUCGGCCAAUGACCGCUCGGGAAUCGGUGGUCUACUGGUCGGAUUACGUCAUCCGCUACCAUGGAGCAGCCCAUCUUCAGAGUCCCUUGGUGCACAUGAACUGCAUAGCCGCCAAUAACAUCGAUGUCUACCUUCUGUUCGCAGUCAUACUAGCUAUAAUUGUUCUGCUUCUAAAGGCGCUGGUAAAAUUAAUUUUUAGAAAGUUGUUCUCGAAGUCGAAGAAGGAGAAAAAACACUGAAAGUGUUUAAUAAGCUUGCGUUAACGUAAGCAAGUAGUGAAAGUAUUCUGCCACCAUGACAUUUCAAUAGCGUAAUUUAAAUAAAUGAUGAAUUAAAAUAAA